AUGUCUGGAAAUCCCUAUUUUAAGUCUGUCCUGUGGCUAUUGGGUUUCGGCGGCAUGGGUUAUGGCCUAAUGCUGCUCACCGAACCUAAUGCCGAGAAAAUAGACCGCAUCAAAGCCUCAGCAUCUGGGUCAACCAAACUUUCUGCAGAUGACCAGAAGAAGGCUUUGUUCAUGAAGAAACUACAGGAAGCAGCCACCACCAGUACCCCAUUGUAUAGACCACAGCCGCAGGGCAACAAAACAGAUAGUUAGGGACCUUUUUCUUAUGUAAUUUGCAAUUUGUUACGCUUUAAAAUAUAAAUUUUAAGCAUUUAA